AUGCGUGGGAUCAUUCUAAGCUAUUUUGGCGACCCUGCAGUCGGGCAGUCCAGCAGAUCUCGAAUGAGAGCUGCCUCUAAUAAAAUGGGUAUUGAAAUCACAUCGAUAUCAAGGCAGAUAAGUCCAUCUGAAGCAAUGUUACAGUGUUAUUGUUCCUGUUCAUCUACAGCUUUCAUCGAGAAUCAUGUGUUAAGAACAAGUGGGUGAGCUGUUCUUGAGGAAGAAAGCUCAUUGUCAAGAAGAAAAGAGCCUCACUUCAUGACUUUGAGCAGUUCUUGAGAUCAUUUUGGCAAAGAUUAUGAUAACUUAACUUUCAGUUUGCAGUUUUAAAGAUUGAAUCAAUACCAGAAUAUUGCUUUUCAUUCAUGCCUAUUUGUGCUUGUUUUUUUUUCUCUACUGGUCUUAUUAUGAUUGUAAAACAAUUAUUGAAGACAUGUGAGUUUGACUAUAUCUAGAGAACAGGGCACCCUGUUCCAGAUGGAUUGCUGGACCAAGCAAUCGAGGUGAAGCCUACAACAUAUGUUGAAAUUAAUUGGUAUAUUAGAAAGUUGAGGUUAAAUGUUAAGUAGAGAUAUAUACGUACAUGUAUGGUUUUGUUUUACCUUUGUGUUGUUAAUUUGUAAGUCUUUGUUGUGGCCUCAUCAUUUGAAAUACAUACACCAUUAUAUUCUUGAUUUUGAUCGACAA